UGGCCGUUAAUGGACGGUGGGGUUUGGAUCGCUGGAGUGAACGGAGAUAAGGAGUUAUCAAAAUGAGGGGAACCAAAGAAAAGAGGGGUCAACACGAGCGAAUGCCGCGACAUCCGUUCAACAUUAUAUUCUUGGAGGUGGGAUGCGAAAGGCGCAAUGAUGGCUGGUGAUGAUGUGAUCGGAACCCGCAUCACGAUACGAAUGGGUGAGGGGAAUUGAACCCCAAACUCGCGAAUCUCGUCAUAGAAAUAUGGCACUUGAGCCCUGAGAGCCGAAUCGGAAACUUUAUCGCUCUAGUCAAACUUAUAGUUCAUAUCGAGCACUAUGGCUCCAGCUCCCAUUGACCCCAGAAUUGUUGAUGUCGCCGAACCUCUGAAGCAAACCCUUCCGCUUCCACCAGCGUCUCGGGAGCGCCUUGAGAAGGCCGGAAUAGACCUGUCGGGAGGUUAUCCCUACCGUCCAUCCCGUCCGUUGUAUAGAGACGACGUCUACAAGAUCCGCGACUAUGACCGGCCACAUGUGGACCCAGGCACCCGUGCGGACCCAGAAAAGAAGGCACUCUUAUCGGCAGCGAAAGAGGUCAUCCAUCUGACCAGACACAUUGGAACAGAGAUCGUGGGGCUGCAAUUGAAAGACCUGACCGACCAGCAGAAGGAUGAGUUGGGUUUGUUGAUUGCUGAACGGAGUGUUGUCUUCUUCAGGGACCAAGAUAUCUCUCCCCAGCAGCAAAAGGCGCUGGGCGAAUGGUUUGGUGAGAUUGAGGUUCAUCCACAAGUCCCUCAGGUGCCUGGCGUCCCCGGUGUGACGGUCAUUUGGCCCGCUCUCCAGGCAAAGGAACGUCCCGCUGACUUCCGUCGCCCUGGAGGGGCCUCUCGUUGGCAUACUGACCUUGUCCACGAGCGUCAGCCUGCCGGUGUGACGCAUCUGCAUAACGACACCAUCCCGAGCAUCGGCGGAGACACGCUCUGGGCCAGCGGCUAUGCGGCUUAUGAGAAGCUGUCCCCCGAGUUUCGUAAGAUCAUCGACGGUAAGACCGCCAUCUACCGAUCCGCCCAUCCUUAUCUAGAUCGCGACCACCCUGAGGAAGGUCCAAAGUACGUUGAGCGUGAGCAUCCGCUUGUCCGCGUCCAUCCCGCUACGGGAUGGAAAGCACUCUGGGUGAACCGAGCAAUGACGGACCGUAUUGUCGGUCUUGAUAAGGCGGAGAGUGAUGUCAUCUUGGGAUAUCUGUGUGACGUUUAUGAGAAAAACAUCGACAUACAGGUUCGCUUCAAGUGGAGCCCGAAAACAAGCGCCCUGUGGGAUAACCGAAUUACCAUUCACAAUGCCAGCUGGGACUACGAGGGCACCGAGCCUAGACAUGGCACACGAGUCACAUCGCUUGCGGAGAAGCCCUUCUUCGAUCCAAAUGCCCCGACUCGGAGGGAGAGUUUGGGAUUGUUGGACAGUGCUGAAAAGGAAGAACUGGCCCGGGCUAAAAACUGAGUGAUGCGUAGCAGCUUUCCCAAUUGUCUUGAUGAGAGGCAGAUUACACACUGGUGGCGA